AUGCGGGAGCUGUGGAUAGCAUCUCUCCCUUGAUGGUCAACUACCCAAACGUCGAGUGGAACAGUUCAAAACCAUAUUGGGCAGCAGAGCGCACUCGAAACUCUCUUAGAAGAGUAUGCAAACCAUGGGAUCAGUACUUACGCCAGUACAAUCACCGUUUUGUACGCAUGUUCGAUGUAGCACAUGGCGUAUUUCCUAUGCAACACCUUCAGUCUGCCAUGCGCAUCUCGCUUGGAGACCACACGAAGAUCUGCUGUAAUAGGUGUAUCUCAAAGGACUACUGGCUAAGAAAUCUUCCCCACGAGGAGACCGAUGGCAGCUAUCAACAGCUCUGCCGGUCAAUCUUUCGCCGUUUCUAUCCUCUCAAGGUUCAAAUACUAGAUUUCGGCAACUCUGAUUCCAAUAUGUUGGAACUCAUAUGCUCCCUCCCCCCUCCGGCUCUCCGUCAACUAGUGGUCCUUCAGGCGGCCUACAUUGGCGAGUUGGAAAAA